AUGACUACCGCCCACAGACCCACCUUCGAUCCGGCACAAGGAAAAGAGGCUCUCCGGGGCCCAGCCUACCACCAAAGACUUCUCCCCGCACACACCCAUCUGAAAGUUCGACAACCCGGACAAGGUGGUGAUGCCGACCACGACGUUCGCGACCUCCGCGCCGAGCUGCUCCAGGCCGAGGCUGCGCACUUUGCUAAGAAGAACGGUGUCCCUGUCAACGAGACUACCCUCGAAUCAACUGCCCACAAGCGGCAACUUGAAUCAACACCCGCGAAUGCAGAUGUAGACACAGCAGACGGCGAGACGGCAGAAGAUCCCGAGGCGAAGCGAAGGCGCAUUCUGGAAGAAUCGCGAGAUAUUGAUGCGGACUCGGAUGGAUCGGAAGAAGAUAGUAGCGACGAGGAAAGUGACUCCGAAGACGAAGCCGCAGAUUUGAUGCGCGAGUUGGAAAAGAUCAAGAAGGAGCGGGCGGCACAGAAGGAGAAAGAGGAGCAAGAACUUGCCGCCGAGGAAGAGGAGCAGCGUGAGGUUGAUAUUGCUCGCGGCAACCCGCUGCUCAACUCGCAGGAUUUCAACAUGAAGCGUCGCUGGGACGAUGAUGUGGUGUUCAAGAACCAGUCCCGUGGCUCUGAGAGGAAGGAUGGGCAGGAGUUUGUUAACGAUCUGCUGCGUUCCGACUUCCACAAGAGAUUCAUGUCUAAAUACGUUCGAUAA